CGUCGCAGAAAACAUUCAAGUUAUUUUUAUUUGCUCAAAAAUCAUUUAAAUCCGCGAAAAACUGUGGUUUUUCAAAAAGUGACAAUGGCCGACGAAGAGUACGAACGCUUUGAGAUAACCGACUACGACCUGGACAACGAAUUCAAUCCGAACCGGCGCAACCGACGGCCGACCAAGCAGCAGCAAAUUUACGGCAUCUGGGCGGAUGACGAUUCGGAAAAUGAGGCCGCCGAAGAAGGUUCGUCUCGGCGCGGUCGUGGCCGUAUGGGCAAGAAACCAAAGGACUAUACCGCUCCGAUUGGGUUCGUUGCCGGAGGAAUUCAGCAGGCCGGUAAGAAGAAGGAAGAGAAAAGGGAAAGCGAUGAGGAGGAGGAUGAUGAGGACGAUGAAAAUCGAGCACGGCUUGGGGGGGCUCCGAGCGGAACCAGUUCCGAGUCGGAGUCGGAAGUGGCUGCGAAGGCAAACGACUUUCGGUCGAUGGCAGGAUUUCGGAAGGCCCAGCCGGCGAGGAGCGGAGGUCCAGCUCUUUCGAAGGGAGUCGGUGGUUGGGAGCAGCAUACGAAGGGUAUCGGAGCGAAGCUUCUACUGCAGAUGGGUUAUCAACCGGGGAAAGGUUUGGGUAAGGAUUUGCAAGGUAUAGCCGCUCCGAUUCAGGCACAUUUGAGGAAGGGUCGUGGCGCAAUCGGGGCCUAUGGACCGGAGAAGAAGACGGUAGUGAUGGAUCAGAAACUGAAGAAGGAAAAGGAAGAGACGAAGGAAAUUAAGGAAAAGGAUCCCGGUCAGCAGUGGAGGAAGGACAAGCACAAAGGGAGGUACUUUUACAAAAGCGUUGAGGACGUUAUCGAGAAGGGGAAAAGGACGUACACGCUCUUCGAAAAGAACUCGAAGCUGAGUAAUGUUAAGGUCAUUGAUAUGACCGGGCCUGAGAGUAGGGUCCUUAGUGGUUAUCAUGCUUUGAGCCAGGCGAAGGUAGCCGACGAAGAUCUGUAUGAUUCAAAAGCUACUAAGGAGACCACUAAUUUUGCGCUUCCGGAGUUGAUGCAUAACUUAAAUCUGAUCGUGGAGUACUGUGAGCAAGAUAUUAUUGCAAUUGACAAGCAAAAGUGCGAAGCUCAAGAUCGGGAAGAGCAGUUGGAACUGGAGAAGGAGAACCUGAUAAAAAUCACUCAGCUGGAGGAGGACUACAUUCAUACCCUGGAGGGAGCUUUGGAUUUGGUAAAGGCUCUGGUCGAGCCCGAGAGUGGUUCCGUUUCUUUGGAAGAAUGCGAGCGGAUUUUUAUCCGUAUUCAAACCGGAUUCCCAUCGGAAUAUAAGGAAUUUGGAUUGGCUGACUUGGCCCCGGGGGUAGUUGCACCGAUGAUAGCGGCUCGACUCAAAGAAUGGAAUCCCUUCGUCGAUCCUACCCUCCAUCUGGAUUUAUUCAAACGUUGGCGAUCGAUAUUGGGAUGUUCCGACACCGAGAAACGCAAUCUGCUGGAUCCCUAUUCCGGACUUGUUUGGUCCGGUGUAAUUCCCAGCAUCCGAUCGGCUGCCACCACUUGGGAUCCAAGACUACAUCAACCGAUGAUUGCUUUGCUGGACGCGUGGGCACCGUUGUUACCUUCGUGGAUCCUGGACAACAUCUUAGAACAAAUUGUCAUGAGCAAACUGACUUCAGCCGUUGGCGAUUGGGACCCUCUGACGGACACCAUUCCAAUACACAUCUGGAUUCAACCGUGGGCUGGAAUACUCGGUUCAAAGAUGGAAGUGAGCAUCUAUCCGACGAUACGGGAGAAGCUCAGCAAGGCCCUGAAGGCAUGGAAUCCGGAAGAUCGAUCGGCGAGGGCGAUGAUUACUCCGUGGAAGGGUGUAAUGGCCGAGGAGGAUUUGCAAGCGUUCCUCACGAAGAACAUCAUCCCCAAGCUGGAACUGCGGCUAACCGAACUGGUGAUCAAUCCACUGCAGCAAGAUUUGGAAAUCUUCAACCAAGUCUGGGAAUGGAGCGAGCUUAUUUCCACCAUUUAUAUGGCAUCCAUCUUGGACAAGUUCUUCUUCCCCAAGUGGAUUCAAACGCUGGUGCUGUGGCUGAACCAAUCGCCCAAUUUCGAUCAGGUCACCCGUUGGUACCAGGGCUGGAAGUCCCAAUUCACCGAGGACAUUAUCCGCCAAACGAACAUCAAGGAAAGCUUCCGCAAAGCGCUGGAACUGAUGCAGCGUUCGAUCGGCAUAACGUCGUCGUCCGCGUCAUCGUCGGCAACGGUGGAACCGAUGGAUACGAUACCUCCGCCACCGAAACCGCCCUCGCUUAUGGAAGUUCACGUGGAUGUUCCGCCGACGUUGGAAUUCAAGGAGCUGGUAUCGCAGAAAUGCGCCGAACGGGGAAUCAUCUUUGCGCCGAUGCCCGGCCGGAGAGAGAUGGGAAAGCAGGUCUACCGAGUUGGGAAGCUGUUUUGCUACAUCGACCGCUCGGUUUGCAUCGUCAGCUUGGACGGGGGCGUCAAUUGGACACCGAUUUCGCUGUCGGCGCUGGUCGAACGGGCGGUAAGUGGGUAAAGUGCGUCGGUUUAUUGAUUUAUGUGUAACAUUUUGAACAUGAAGAACUAUGUCAAAGGACUUAUAACG